AUGGGAUUUUUGGCAUUCGGGUUGGCAACCAUCGCUUGUGGAAUAAGGAAACAAACAUUUUUUAAGGAAGAUGUAUUUGAAAAUUUGGAAUCGGGUCAUAAGGCGAUUGAAACGAAAAAUCCAUUAUUAUAUUAUCAUACUUCACAGAUUAAAAGAACUCGAUAUGAAAAAAGCGAAACUAUCUUGAUCCUUUCAAAUGAGGAUAAGUUGCUUGGAGAAGAUAGCGUUACAGAAUGGCUUCGAGGUUCUCCUCGAGACGUUGAAGGAACAACCAUCGAAUAG